CUCUAAUCUUCCAGGUGGUUUCAAACUGCUGGACUCUAUUAUGCAGCAUGAGCCGACAAGGACGUCCUCUGUGUUGUUCCUCAGUGAAAGAGGACCGUCUCUCACAUCCUCCAGUAAGACUGAGCCUCAGAACUUUGCAGAAACUCUGCCCGCAGAGAUGAGCGUGAAGAUCUUCGGUGAGUUGGACACAGAGAGUCUGUGCAGCGCCUCGUGCGCCUGCAAACUGUGGCACGACAUCAUCGAGGAGAGCGAGCAGCUGUGGAGGAGUCAGUGUCUGCUGCUCAGAGCCGUCUGUCAGAGGGAGGUGGACAGUGACCGGAGAGACGGGCUGUCCUGGAAGGUGACGUUGGUGAGGAACUACACCCGCAGCUGCGUGAAGAGAGAUUGGCUGAGAGGAAGAUACAGUCACGUGAGGUCAGCGGAGGAGCUGAGCGGCAGGAGCAUGACGCCGCUUGACGUUGAGACGUGGGGAGAGAUCCUGGAGGCCGAGUUAGACAGAUGACGGUUCUUAUUGAAUACACCACGAGACUGCAGGGUGUCUCAUCUUCUGUGUAUAUUUUGUAUUUUAUCACAAAAACAUGUUUUUUACUUUUUUAAGAAAAAUAAUCGUGCACAAAGAGAAUGAAUCAAAUGAAACAGUAACUUUACUGGUGAAUGGUUCUCUUCAGCUGUUUCAUUGAUUUGAUGUAAAUAUGGAAUAAAUCUCAUUGUUGUGAAACUCA